AUAAAUCUCCUCCUAACACUACUAACAAACACAACACUGGCCCUACUACUAGUACUCAUCGCCUUCUGACUCCCCCAACUAAACACAUACGCAGAAAAAACAAGCCCUUAUGAGUGUGGCUUCGACCCCUUAGGGUCGGCUCGCCUACCCUUUUCCAUAAAAUUCUUCCUAGUCGCCAUUACCUUUCUUCUCUUCGACCUAGAAAUUGCCCUCUUGCUCCCCCUCCCCUGAGCAAUCCAAACAAGCAACCUAAAAACAAUGCUCACCACCGCCUUGCUCCUAAUCUCCUUACUAGCAAUUAGCUUAGCCUACGAAUGGGCCCAAGGGGGCUUAGAAUGAGCUGAAU